AGGGACACUGACGGGGCGAUAUAUAAGUAUCCUGUUGUCCUCUGUGGUCAGUAUAUCUGAUACUACCGUCGCGAAAGAACGAUUCGAUCGAAGACGAUUCGUCCACACGAGCUCGUUCUCCAACAAUUCUCCAGAAAAGAAAGGGAAAAUAUCUGACGGACGCGCGCGUAAAUUUCACCCCGCCUCCUUUCGUUUCGUUUCCUAGCUGCUGGAGAUCGUUGACCCAGCUAGGACCUAGCUAGGACCUAGCCGCCCGUCACGACCGGAGACGGUUUAAAGGGCAAACAUUAAAUGAACUUUUAACAGUAUUUUAUUCACAACGUUUGAAACAUAUUGUUAAAACUCGAAGAGACCAAGCUGAAGGAAUGAAGGCAAAUAAGCGGAUGGCAACGAUCCAAAUGUAAAUCCGAAAAGUAGCAAGUGCGCUCGAUGCCAUCCGAUCAUGUUUCGCUCCGUAAAAACAUCCUCGAGGACCAAAUGGACGAGGCUUCUUCGAAGUGUCUUCUCUCGUACCUCCGUAAGGGCAUCUCGAGGGCAUCACCGCGUUUCUUCGAGCGAGAUUGAUUCGCGCUCCAUUUAUAAUUAAGCGACUGUUCAACCGAUACGACGAGGCCGCCGCCGCGACUAUCCAAGCUAUCGACACUGGUCGAUGCUCGUUUUCUCGCGAUUAACUAUCCAGAUGCGAUGAAGAAAGCUCGCCGGUAGUGUCUGGUAGCGUUUUCCGACGGAAAUCUAAACGGCGUCACAGAAACGAAUCAAACUCCGUUCCAAGAUGAUCCCGUUGGAAAAUGAAGAACGCUUCUCGACCGAUCGCGUGCACGAAUAAUCGCGGAAUUGGAACAAUUACCGCGAGAAAAGUCGUCGUUUUCGAUAAGAGGGAAAAUGUUAUCGGGCCGAUCGACGCUCCGAACACUGUCCAUUGAAAGUCUUCCGGUCUUGGCGAACGUACCUUAAGAGAAACACGAAGAGAUCAGCAUGGACGAUAAGCUGCAAGUAGACGAUGACAGCCAGCAAAACCACAUUCGAAGGCCCGGCAGCUGGGGCUUUCUUCACCCCGACGAUAAUAGUCCAGUCGAGCAUCAAUUCAUCGACGAGAAAUCGAGCGGCUCCGGAAACACCUCUCGCGCGUCCUCGGCCAAGUCGACCAAGACCUACAAUGCGAGAUCUCCGGAAUUGACCUCGUGCGUCUACCCGAAUAGAGACAUCAUUUGCGAGCCCGAUAGAAAUGGCUCGCUGCCCGGCGAAACGCCGGCGAGUGUCAAGCGAAAACUGUCGAGAGCCAGCGUAUAUCCAUCCGGAACGAAUCUGAUCGCGCAGGAUGCCUUCGGUCCCAAACUCACGGCACCCACCUCUCCGGAAAUCAACCCCUCGUUACCGGAUACGCCGGUUUCUCUGGAUUUCGUCGAAAACGCCGGGGACUCGUUACCGCAGAAAGAAACGGGAAUCGAUCCCGAAGUACUUUACUUUCGCGACGGCCAUCGGAGAAUCGAUAUGGUAUUAGUCUACCAAGAAGAGAACGAAGGAGUCAUGACCGAGUUAGAAGCUCGUCGGCGAGAGCAGAGACGGGUAUUUCAACAAAAUCUUGUGAAAGAAGGUCUACAACUCGAGCUCGAGCCGAAAGAGAACUCGUUUGACGGGAAAACGUAUUUCUUAAAGUUACAUAUACCUUGGAAAAUCAAAGUGCAAUAUGCCGAAGUAAUGAGUCUGAAACUACCUACAAAGAGAUUCAAAACGUUCCCUAUGAAAACCUGGAAUGAAGACGGUGCCAAAGAAGUAUCGAAAUUCUGGGCGCGAUGGGCGCGGUGGGCCGAGUGGAUACGUAAAAUUCAUACUUGGGAUACAUCGAAAUAUCCCGAGGAACCGCAUUUUUAUGACUACAUAGAUUCCGGCGAUCGCGAGGAGAGAUUUAUCGUGAAGGAAAGGGACAACGCUUAUACGCCCGCCCAGAGAUCGUUAAUAGUGAUGCAGAUACUAUUGCGAGCGAGAUAUGACGAGAACCACGAGAAAUCUGGUAUUCGUAGGCUUUUAGCGGACGGAACGUAUAUCGAUUGUUUUCCUUUGCACGAGGGUCCUUAUAAUAAACCUAUGCGCAACGGAGAGGUUCUCGAUAGAUACCUGUUGUACUUGAUAUGGGCGAGACCCGCGCAAUGGUAUAAAAAACAGCCGUUGUGGUUAAUACGACGAUAUUUUGGCGAGAAAGUCGCUCUUUACUUCGCGUGGUUAGGAUUUUACACGAAAUGCUUAUAUGCACCAGCAGUGGUAGGACUUUUAUGCUUCGUUUACGGCCUUGGAAGCAUGGACGGUGAAGAUAAUAUUCCCAGCAAAGAAAUAUGUGAUUCUAAUAUAGCUGGAAAUAUCACCCUGUGUCCUCUUUGUGAUAAAGCAUGUACUUAUCAAAUACUCGGCGAUUCCUGUAUAUUCUCGAAAUUGACUUACUUAUUCGACAAUCCCGCGACUGUCUUCUUCGCUAUUUUUAUGUCUUUCUGGGCUACUACGUUUCUCGAGCUAUGGAAACGACGACAAGCCGUGCUCGUUUGGGAAUGGGAUCUUCAAAACGCUCAAUACGACGAAGAGCCCAGACCUGAAUUCGAGACGUCCGUUAAAACGUUCCGAAUAAAUCCCGUGACGAAGGAGAAAGAACCGUAUUUACCCGCGUGGUCUAAAGCUCUUCGAGGUUUGGCUACUGGCUCAAUGGUAUUUUUUAUGAUAUGCGUAGUCCUUGGGGCAGUUUUAGGAACGAUCGUGUAUCGCAUUUCGUUAGUCGCAGUCUUUUACGGUGGAGGUGGUGGCUUUUUAAAAAGACACGCCAAAAUAUUCACUUCCAUGACCGCCGCCCUCAUUAACUUGAUAAUAAUAAUGAUACUUACGCGAAUAUAUCAUCGAUUGGCUCGUUGGAUGGUCAAUAUGGAAAAUCCGAGAACGCAGACGGAAUACGAAGCCAGUUAUACAUUUAAAAUCUUUUUAUUCGAGUUCGUCAACUUUUACUCUUCUUUGAUUUACAUCGCCUUUUUUAAAGGGAGAUUUUUCGUCCAUCCUGGCGAUGCAGAUGCGAGAGCCUCGGAAUUUUAUCGCAUUAAAACGGACGUAUGCGAUCCCGCUGGCUGCCUUUCGGAAGUCUGCAUUCAACUUGCAAUUAUAAUGGUCGGUAAACAAUGCUUUAACAAUUUUGUCGAAAUAUUAUCACCGAAACUGUGGAACUGGUGGCGCAAAAGAACGCAAGUCGCAGCGACAAAAAACCAUGAUAGAACGUAUACCUGUUGGGAGAAAGAUUAUCAGCUUCAAGACCCAGGAAGACUAGCUUUAUUCGACGAGUAUUUAGAGAUGAUUCUGCAGUAUGGAUUUGUAACAUUAUUCGUAGCAGCCUUUCCACUGGCGCCUCUAUUCGCUCUAUUGAACAAUAUCGCCGAGAUAAGAUUAGACGCGUACAAAAUGGUCAAGGAGGCACGAAGACCGUUGGCCGAGCGGGUAGAAGAUAUUGGCGCUUGGUUUGGCAUUCUUAGGGGUGUAACUUACGUAGCGGUAGUGUCCAAUGCUUUUGUUAUCGCGUACACAUCCGAUUUUAUCCCACGAAGCGUGUACGCGUUCGUUUAUUCGCCCACUGAAGAUUUGGUGGGUUACAUCGAUAGCUCCCUGUCAGAAUUCAGUACUUCCGAUUAUCGCGACGAUAUGAAGAGCGAUGUAGAGGCCGAACAUCCAGAGACGUGUCAGUACAGAGGCUAUAGAAACGGCCCAGAUCACCACGAUGAUCCUUAUGGACUCAGUCCGCAGUACUGGCACGUUUUCGCCGCGCGUCUAGCUUUCGUCGUUGUCUUCGAGCACGUUGUUUUCGCACUUACCGGUAUUAUGAGCUACGUAAUACCGGCUGUACCGCAUUCUUUGACAACUCAGAUGCAACGCGAACGACUGAUCGCUCAGGAAGAAAAGUACGAAAAGGAAAUAAGAGGGAAAGAAGAUGAAGACGAUUUACUUUCGGUUUUGAGAGAGGCCGGAAGCAUCGGUAGAGGAAGCUGGGCUAGACGAUUCAGCAAGUUGAGCGACGUUCUAGAUACUCACGCUGAUAUUAGGCAUAGUAAACGCAGUGAUAGCUCAGUAUGGGAAGUCCCUUAAAACCAAGCGUUAUCUCUCUGUCUUAUACAUUCCUCUCAUAAAACUCGAAAUCGUGAAGGUACAAAAAAAAAGAAAGCCAAAUCUUGUCUAUUUUCUAUCCUCAUUGCAUCAUUUCCAAAUAAUUUAUAAAUCCAAAAUUCCGUAAUAGUACACUUAACGCUUUUCAACAUUCUCGCCCCUAUUACCAAGUGCACUGUAAAAAACGCAGAUGUAAGGUAAGAGUUACAAAUCUAUUGUUACACAAUAUACUUUUUUAUUUUACAUAAUGCCAUAUUUUUUUCCUAGAAAUUAUUACAAUCUAUUAUGUAUAU